AUGGCGGAUACAGAUGGGGUUAUUCACUAUUCGGACGAAACGUUUAUGGAAGAAGUACAAAAUACGAAUGCCAUUUUAACAAAUUCAGCAAAGAGUUUCGUGAUAAGUACAAAAAAAUUAACUGUUGGACAAAAGUAGCUACUACAUUUAGUUUGAAUCCAGAAGAAGCAGAGAAAAGGUUUAAGAACCUACGUUCGGCUUACACAAGAUUUCUGCGAAAAAUUAAGAACAUGCUGUUGGGAUCAGGCAGAGAUGACCUAACAAAACACGAAACCUACAAAGGAAUGGAGUGGUUAAGACCAUAUAUCGAUCAUCGCUCGUCAAAAACAAACUUACACAAAGCGAAGCGGCAAAAAGUUACGAACGUAGACGUACUUGCAAAAGCCGACUCUGAGUCUAAGACAAGAGGUGCAAACAAUACUUCUAUUGGUUUGAAUAGCGACGAAGAGCAUUCGCUAACUGAAGAGACAUAUUCGAUUGAGGGUAUGCAUGAUUUAGUUGAUAAAAGUGACGUACAGACAUUGCGUGAUAUGAUUUCUGAAACUGAUGAUGACAUAACUAUUGGUGACAAGAUUGAUGCUGACUUUGUACCUAAAUCCAACAAAAGUAAAGGAAUGAAGGAAUCAAAGCGCCAACAAAAGUGGAAAUGGACAAAGUGCUUUACAAUGCUGCAAAGUCAAUUUAAAAGAAACUAA